AUGGCCUUGGCCGGGCUGUGCGCCCUGCUCGCCGGCUGCUGCCUGGCAGCGGGGAGCGGCCCCGCCGAGGCGGCGGCGGAGUCGGCGGCCAAGGAGCUGGAGUGCAAGCUGAAGAGCAUCACGGUGUCGGCGCUGCCCUUCCUGCGGGAGAACGACCUCAGCAUCAUGCACGGCCCCUCGGCCGCCGAGCCCAAGCUGCUCUUCUCCGUCCGCAACGAUUUCCCCGGAGAGAUGGUGGUGGUGGAUGACCUGGAGAAUACGGAGCUGCCUUACUUCGUGCUGGAGAUCUCAGGCAACACAGAUGACAUCCCUCUGGUGCGCUGGCGGCAGCAGUGGCUGGAGAAUGGGACGUUGCUCUUCCACAUCCAUCACCAAGAUGGGGCCCCUGUCCUGCCUGGCUUUGACCCCACGGAUGAGCCCCAGACUGAAUCAGCAGAGGAAGAACUGAGGAUCCUCCACAUCUCUGUCAUGGGAGGGAUGAUUGCCCUGCUGCUCUCCAUCCUCUGCCUGGUGAUGAUCCUCUACACCCGCCGGCGAUGGUGCAAGCGGCGCCGGGUGCCACAGCCCCAGAAGAGCGCUAGCGCUGAGGCUGCCAACGAGAUCCACUACAUCCCCUCGGUGCUGAUCGGGGGCCACGGGAGGGAGAGCCUGCGAAACGCCCGGGUGCAGGGCCACAACUCCAGCGGGACCCUCAGCAUCAGGGAGACCCCCAUCCUGGAUGGCUACGAGUACGACAUCACCGACCUGCGGCACCACCUCCAGCGUGAGUGCAUGAACGGCGGCGAGGACUUUGCCAGCCAGGUCACCCGCACCCUGGACUCACUGCAGGGCUGCAAUGAGAAGGCCAGCAUGGACCUCACACCAGGGAGUGACAACGCCAAGCUGUCUCUGAUGAACAAGUACAAGGACAACAUCAUUGCCACCAGCCCUGUGGACUCAAACCACCAGCAGGCCACCCUGCUGUCCCACACUUCCAGCAGCCAGCGCAAGCGCAUCAACAACAAGGCACGAGCUGGCUCAGCAUUUCUCAACCCCGAGGGGGACUCGGGGACAGAGGCAGACACCGACCCCCAGCUGACCUUCUACACAGACCCCUCACGGAGCCGGAGGCGCAGCCGAGUGGGGUCCCCCCGGAGCCCCGUCAACAAGACUACCCUGACCCUCAUCAGCCUGACGAGCUGUGUCAUCAGCCUAGUCUGCUCCUCACACAUGAGCUGUCCCUUGGUUGUCAAGAUCACCCUCCACGUCCCUGAGCACCUCAUCGCUGAUGGGAGCCGGUUCAUCCUGCUGGAAGGGAGCCAGCUGGAUGCCAGUGACUGGCUGAACCCGGCGCAGGUUGUCCUCUUCUCCCAACAAAACUCCAGUGGGCCCUGGACCUUGGACCUCUGCGCCCGGCGCCUCCUGGAUCCCUGCGAGCACCAGUGCGAUCCCGAGACCGGUGAAUGUCUCUGCUAUGAAGGUUACAUGAAGGACCCCGUACAUAAGCACCUCUGCAUCCGGAACGAGUGGGGAACAAACCAAGGACCUUGGCCAUACACCAUCUUCCAGCGUGGUUUUGACUUGGUGCUGGGUGAGCAGCCAUCUGACAAGAUUUUUCGGUUCACCUACACCCUGGGGGAAGGCAUGUGGCUGCCACUGAGCAAGAGCUUCGUCAUCCCACCAGCUGAGCUGGCCAUCAACCCCUCAGCCAAGUGCAAGACUGACAUGACAGUGAUGGAGGACGCGGUGGAGGUCAGGGAAGAGCUGAUGACCUCCUCCUCCUUCGACAGCCUGGAAGUCCUCCUUGACUCCUUUGGCCCUGUCCGUGACUGCUCCCGGGACAACGGGGGCUGCAGCAAGAAUUUCCGCUGCAUCUCCGACCGCAAGCUGGACUCCACGGGCUGUGUGUGCCCAACAGGACUGAGUCCCAUGAAGGAUGGAACUGGGUGCUACGACCGUCACGUUGGUGUGGACUGCUCUGAUGGCUUCAAUGGGGGCUGUGAGCAGCUCUGCCUGCAGCAGAUGGUCCCACUGCCCGAGGAGCCCCUGCUCUACAACAUCCUCAUGUUCUGUGGGUGCAUUGAGGACUACAAGCUGGGCACAGAUGGGAGGUCAUGCCAGCUCAUCUCAGAGUCAUGCCCUGAGGCAGGGGACUGUGGGGAGCCCCAUGAGCUGCCCAUGAACCAGACACUCUUCGGGGAGAUCUUCUAUGGCUACAACAACCACUCCAAGGAGGUGGCACCAGGGCAGGUGCUCAAAGGGACUUUCAGGCAGAACAACUUUGCCCGGGGACUGGAGCAGCAGCUGCCAGAUGGACUGGUGGUGGCCACAGUGCCUCUGGAGAACCAGUGCCAAGAGGAGCUCUCUGACCCCGUGCCAGACCCUGAGUUCCUCACUGGAAUGGUCAAUUUCAGUGAGGUGUCUGGGUACCCCCUCUUGCAGCACUGGAAGGUCCAGUCUGUCAUGUACCACGUCCGACUCAACCAGCUGACCAUCUCCCAGUCCUUCAGCAACGCUCUUCACUCUCUGGAUGGGGCCACCUCCCGGGGAGAUUUUGUGGCACUGCUGGACCAGUUUGGCAACCACUACAUCCAGGAGGCAGUGUAUGGCUUCGAGGAGUCCUGCUCCAUCUGGUAUCCUAACAGGCAGGUCCAGAGGCAGCUCUGGCUGGAGUAUGAGGACAUCAGCAAAGGCAACUCCCCCUCAGAUGAAUCAGAGGAACAGGAGAGGGAUCCCAAGGUGCUGACCUUCCCAGAGUACAUCGCCAGUCUCUCCGAGUCGGGCACCAAGCGCAUGGCAGCGGGGGUGAGGAUGGAGUGCCAGAGCCGUGGGCACUGCCCUUCCUCCUGCCCACUCUGCCACCUCACCUCUGCUCCUGAUAUGCCAGCUGAGCCCAUCCUGCUGGAGGUCACCAAAGCUGCCCCCAUCUAUGAGCUGGUCACCAACAACCAGACCCAACGGCUUUUGCAGGAGGCCACCAUGAGCUCCCUGUGGUGCUCAGGCAGUGGAGAUGUGAUCGAGGAUUGGUGCCGCUGUGACUCCAGUGCCUUUGGGGCUGAUGGGCUGCCCACCUGUGCCCCUCUGCCACACCCCAUCCUGCGUCUCUCCACUGCUCAUGAGCCCAGCAGCACACUGGUGGUGCUGGAGUGGGGGCACUCAGAGCCCCCCAUUGGAGUGCAGAUUGUUGACUACCUCCUCCGUCAAGAGAAGGUGACUGACAGGAUGGACCAUUCCAAGGUGGAGACCGAGACAGUGCUGAGCUUCGUGGAUGACAUAAUUUCUGGUGCCAAGUCACCCUGUGCCAUGCCCGCCCAGGUGCCAGAUAGACUUUCCUCCACCAUCUCCCUCAUCGUUCGCUGCCUGGAGCCCGAUACCACCUACAUGUUCACGCUCUGGGGAGUAGAUAACACAGGAAGACGCUCAAGGUCCAGUGAUGUGAUGGUCAAGACCCCCUGCCCUGUGGUAGAUGAUGUGAAAGCUCAAGAAAUAGCAGACAAGAUCUACAACCUCUUCAAUGGCUACACCAGUGGCAAGGAGCAGCAAACAGCCUACAACACCCUGCUGGACCUGGGUUCCCCCAGCCUGCACCGUGUCCUGUACCACUACAACCAGCACUAUGAGAGCUUUGGGGAGUUCACCUGGCGUUGUGAAGAUGAACUGGGGCCCAGGUAG